AACUGGUCAACUCUCGUUAUAGCAGAGACCGUCCGGAACCAUUAUUUGUGUUCCUUUUAAUUUGUAGUACGAAUCAUAUAAUCUACUUUGACACAUAAUCAUCUUAUGCAGUCCAAAUUAGUGCACAACUAGUAAAGAUUACAAGAAUGCAGAAUCCAAGUUGUCCGUCGUAACUAGAGUGAAACAUUAAAAAUAUUACUUUGCGACGACAUCAGGUGCAUGUUAGACUCGAUUACCAGCCGCUGUUCGAUCGAGCCUAAUCAGGUGCCCGCAAUUCCGAAUCAUGAGCGGAAGUUGUUUCCGUACAUUAAUAGCGGGUGGCCGGUGUAAUAGCGAGGUCCGUGUUUAAAUAGUGGGAUGUCCGUAAUAGCGGGGUGUCCUUAAUAGCGGGGUGUCCUUAAUAGCGGGUUGUUCGUAAUAGCAGAUGUCCGUAAUUGCGGGCGAGAUUUGACCUGUCGACUGUAUACACUUUGUAUGGACUGUCGUGACGCAAGCUACCUUUAAGACUCGCAUCGAUAGCCGUAAUCGAUGCUUGUUGUAAGCAGACAUCCACGGAUUGCUUGCUGACAAACAAGUGAAACUCGGACUGUCAGGACAAGUUUACCACAGCAACCUUAAAAAUAGAGAGGGAGGCUUAAAGAACUGUGUUAUUACAGAACGAACAGCUGUAACAAUACUAAUGACACCUCUGACAGCCUAUGACGUCAUGUCUUAGCUCUCUACAAAGCACCAUAAACAGCAGUGUCAUGUUUCUUUCUCACGAACAAGCAGUCGAUGUCGCCAUAGCGGAUAUCUAAAAUGUCUAACACCCGAUUAAAGCGUAUAUGCAACCCCUUCUAUGUUGUGAAAUAUGCUCGCUCUCGUCUGAUGGUCGUUUUGUUAUUUGUUAUUUGUUUGGUGUCCUUUAUGCUUCUGUAUCAAGGAACUUUACUUUUCAAGUCUUACACUGGUAAAAUUCGCUCUCCAACUAGUGUUUUAUCCAAGGAACGUGUACGCGACGUUGCUUGCAGGCUUCCCGUUUUGGAUCCGUUUCAUUCUAGCGUGGUUCAGUUUACAGAAGAUCUUGGCAAACUACGCUGCGAAGGAACGAGUUAUUCGAGCUUCGAAAACAACGUUCUCCGGGUUGAGGGCGAAGGCAUUGUUUCCGCAUGGUACAGCAAGAUUGAAAGGACUUCAGGGAACGAUUUUGAUGUUGAGCUUUCCGAUCCGGUGAAAAUACAGCAUAUGAGCUCGGGGAAGAACGAUGUUUUUACUGGAAGUGCAUCGGUAGAUUACGACUUCAUCAGAGUAGAUGUCGAAACGUCUUCGGGCGAGACGAAAUCAGACGUACAUAUGCACGUGUUUCCCAAAAAGGAAGUUCUCGAGCGACCAACGAAGCCUGGAGGUAUUCCACUGAAUGUGGCUUUGAUCAUGUUCGACUCUACUUCAGCUGCUAAUUUUAGAAGAAAAAUGCCAAACACUUUGGAAUAUCUGACCAAGAAUCUCGAUUCAUUGUUAAUGGAAGGUGAGACGAUCGUGGGAGAUGGAACCACCGCUCAACUGUGCGCAAUGCUUACUGGGGUCGACGAGAGAAAGCAACCGGAAGCUCGGCGGAGAAUAAGUUCUUCUAAACCCGUGGACAGCUGGAGGUGGAUUUUUAAAAACUAUAAAGAAAAGGGAUACGCUACCAUGUUCUCGGAAGACUCACCUUCCUUGGCAUCGUUCAAUUAUCGUUUCCACGGCUUUCAAGACCCGCCGACGGAUCAUUUCGCCCGCCCAUUUUGGAUCGAGACUGAUAAACUUAUAAAGUCACAUUGUGUUAACAACCGACCAUCUCAUGACAUGUCUUUGAAAUACCUGUUGAGUUUCUUCCGCAGAUACAAAGACAGACCAAAGUUUGGGUUCUCAUCCCACGCCGUAAUUUCACACAACGACAUAAACACCAUCGGCUACGCAGAUGAAUAUCUAAAAGCGUUUUUGGAAACGUUUAAGGAAGAAUCAUUCCUGAACAACACUAUACUGAUUAUUUUCGCCGACCACGGAGCGCGGUAUUCAGAGUUGAGGAAAACAAUUCAAGGUAAACUGGAAGAGAGGUUUCCAUUCAUGUCAAUCACAACACCGAAAUGGUUUCGUGAGAAGCACACAGACCUCUACAAUAACCUCGUGCAUAACUCCCGCGUUCUAACAUCGCCAUUUGAUGUUUAUGCUACAUUGCGCCACAUCUUGUCAUACCCACAAUACCCCAGCGAGAUUAUAACCGGUCAAAGCUUGUUUACCCGGAUUGAGGAGAGAAAUCGCACUUGUGCUAGCGCUGGCGUAGAAGAUCAUUGGUGUCCAUGCCUUGAUUUGGAACCUGUGUCAAUUGAUGAGCCGGCAGUUAAAGAAUCAGCGGCAGCUGUACUGGGAUACAUCAACGAUCUGACGUCAAAGAGUGAUGAAUUAUCAAAGUUGUGUCAGCGGUUAGUUUUGAAGGAGAUAAAGACCGCGUUCCGUGAGAUGCCUAAAGAAGCCAUGCAGAGGUUUCGAGACACGAAGCACGCUGCAAACGAUGAAUGUGAUUUCUGCGUGGCAGUGAUGGGUGAUAAAGCUGAGAACACUCUCGUUAGAGACACAUUGUAUCAGCUUCAAAUUCUCACAUCUCCGAAUGAAGGAUUUUAUGAGGCCUCUGUUAGAAUGACGAAAGGUGUUUUUCUAAUUGCAGAGGAUAUCAGUCGAAUUGACGCUUACAAAGACCAGCCAUAUUGUAUAAUGGAAACUUAUCCUCUUUUGCGUAAAUAUUGUUACUGUUCUCCAAGAUCGGCGUAAUAGAAAACAUGUGCGAGGUGUAAUUUUUUUCUUCUGGGAUAACCAUGGCAUAAAGUGCUUGUGAUUUUGUAGGGAGGUUUUUUUUUUUUGCAAUAUUGUCGACGGUCACGAAAACGCACGCCAUGAAAAAAUUAAUGGACAAAGAGAUGCAUUGCAUGAACAACUGUGACGAACGCCGCUGUUCACAAAUUUGUACAGGUCAAAUACCUGUGACAUUUUGCACGAAGAAAAACUGGAACACGAUAGCUGUUUAGGGAAAUGUUCGGAAUCGUACCUAAAAUCGUCAAUUGUGGAUUUUAAGCUGCGCGUUAAGAAUUGUUAGGCCAUACAAAGCCUGAAUUUUAGGUGUCUGCUCUGUUCGUCUCACCACAGAGUCGCCUUCGUGAAUGUGUACGUGGAAUGAACGAGUUACAGCACUUAGAAACAAAGCUGAGCUAGUUUACUAACUUAUAUGUUACUUUAAUCAAGGAUAGAUCAAUUUAAUGUAUUUAAUUACGCGGGCCUCCACUCUCCUUCCUGUUAGCUCAAGGAGUCUCUGGAUUGCCGGCUCUAGGUAGAAUUGCUGUCGAAAUAGUUUAAUUUAUCAUAUAUAUUUAAUUGAGGUAAACUUGGUAACAACUGGAUAAUUUUGCCGCACACGACCUGCUUUUCACUAAGAAUGAGCCCUGGAUCUGAAAUAGACAAGUAGACGUCGGAUGGUAUCUCGAAUAAACAGGAGCGUUUAAUUAAACUCGAGCUUACAGACCCGGAGUUUAUUUCAACCGAACGUUUGUUCGGAGCCCGACGCUUAGUCGAGAAAAUACAGUACAUGUUUCGUCUGCAGCGACUGGCAAAUUCCAAAACGAGACGAAACAAAACGAGCUCUAGGCGUGUCGCGACAAACUAGUGGGUGGGACUACUUUACAGGUCGUCUUCAAGGGUAGACAAGUAAACCACGGAAAACCAAAGUUGACGGUUAUCGGCGAUUUAUUACAUCAACA